AUGCCACCAAAACAUAAUCGUGUGUUAAAUCGCCAGGCGAGAAAAAAUAUUUACGAUUUAACGCAGUAUAUGAAAAAAGAAAAAGAAGAAGGCGUAAAAGAUGUAGAUAAAGUUUAUUUAAGAGUUGCUAACGCAACUGGUGUGUCCCAACGCACAGUACGGCGGAUCGCAACUGAAGGCAAUAUUUCGGGCUUACUUUCUGUAUUCCGCACGACUGCUAAAAAAAGGUCAAAAUCAAAACCUAUUACUGAUAUAGAUCUUUUUGACCAAGGAGUAAUAAAAAGAUGCAUACACAACUUCCACAAAACCGAAAAAGAAAUGCCGACAAUAAACAAAUUACUAGCGAAACUCAAACGGGAUAUAAAUUUUCGAGGUGCUAAAACGAGCUUAAAGACAAUCGUCAAAAAUUUGGGUUUCAAGUGGCGAAAGACCGAAACCAAUAGAAUGGUUCUUAUAGAAAAGACCGAAAUUCGCCUGAACAUCCCCUGA